AGAUGAUGGAUUAUUUCACUGUGAUGUUCCUUGUCACCGCCACAUUACUCCUCAGUCUUUCUCCACCAGCAUCUUCUCAAUCAUCUGCUCCAGUUAAAAUCGACCUAACCAGCGAGCUCACCACAGAGGGCCCCUUCGCCACCUUCCUUGACCUCCUCCAGACCAGCAACACCAUCCAAAUCCUGCAAGCCCAGGCCGACAAGAUGAACCAGGACAACACCCAGGACGGGCUGACCCUCUUCGCCCCGAACAACCUCGCCUUCGCCGCCCUCCCCGGCCCCUUCACUCUCGGCGCCCUCACCGCGCCCGAGCUCACGUCGCUCUGCCUCUUCCACGCCCUCCCGCAGUAUUACGGCACAUCGAAUUUCCUGACCCUGAGCAAGAUGAACCCCGUCAUCACGAUGGCCGGAGGCCCGUACACUCUGAAUUUUACGAACGCGAACGGAGGCCUUAACCUGAGCACCGGUCUGAGCAGCGCCAAGGUGCUCCAGGCGACCGCGUCGACUAACUUUCCCGUCGCAAUUUACCAGAUUGACGCGGUGCUCCUUCCCGAGGCAAUUUUCGGUUCUAAAGUUCCUCCUCCUCCUCCUUCUACGCCGACAACGACUUCAACGCCAUCGGCUCCUCCUGCUGCGGCUACACCUGCGACUCCGGCCACUUCAACGCCAUCGGCUCCUCCUCCUCCUGCGGCUACACCUGCGGCUCCGGCAACUUCAACACCAUCUGCUCCUCCUCCACCUCCGGCAAGUUCAACGCCUACCACAACUAUAACUAUUGCACAUUCAGCGGCUUCUCUACGGACUGUCGGCUUGGGUGGUUGGAGUGGUAUUGUUUUAGGAGUUUCGGGUGGGAUACUAUUGCUGUUGUAGGAGAGUAUGAUGCGGAUCAGUCGCUACGGCUUAUCUUUCAGUCAAUAAGUGAUUCACUGGGAUUCAACUUCCUGUUUCACUGAUUCCUUUCGGUCUUUAUUUUCUUGUACUCCAUAUAAAAAGGAGUCCUGGGGUGGCAUAGGACUCCUUUUGCUGAAUUCAUUCUGUUGUUACUGAGAAAUUUUCUUGUACUCCAUAUAAAAAGGAGUCCUGGGGUGGCAUAGGACUCCUUUUGCUGAAUUCAUUCUGUUGUUACUGAGAAAUAUAAGCGUCUUAGAGAGGUUUCUCU